CUGAUGUAUUGUGUUUAGAGACACGCACGUAUGCAGAAAAAAACAAAAACAAGUGGUCUGAUGUUCCUGAAGUGUCCCUAAACAGCGGAACAUAGCUUUAAGUGCUACACUUGUGACACGGUGUAGCGUUCAAUCAACACAGAAGAAUCAGGAAAUCCAAGUUUCAUCCCCCUCUUCCUCCCCCUGACCCCCUCCUCCUCCUGCGGUCGAAAGGAAUUAGAUAAAGGAAGAGGACAGGAUCGAGCACAUGAUGACUAACUUUAAAAGGGGUUUCGCAUCUAAAGUUCGCAGCUGGUUUUAGUGAGCGAGUCUCCUGCAGGCGUGUGACCGACCGUGCGACAUGGAUCUCGGCUGCCAGGACUGGAUGUCAGCUCUACCCGCGGAGCUGUGGGACGUCCCUCUCACUAACCUGGCCAUACCCGGGAGCCAUGAUGCCAUGAGUUACUGUCUGGACAUCAACUCCCCCUUGGUCCCGUCUGAAUCCGACUUUUUCCGGCUCCUGGACAGACUUUUCUCCUGCUUCACCAGACCUGCCAUCUUUAGAUGGGCUACAACACAGGACAAAAGCAUCGAGGAGCAACUUUCGAUGGGGAUUCGCUUCUUCGAUCUCCGCGUUGCACACAAACCCGACGACUCCUCCAGCUACCUGUACUUCACACACGUCAUAUACACACAUCUAACCGUUGUGGUGAGUACGGUCAUCUUACUGGAAACCCUGGCGUCUGUGGCCACCUGGCUGGACUCUCACCCUAAGGAGAUUGUUAUUCUUGCUUGCAGCCAUUUUGAGGGAAUCGAGGACAAACUCCAUCAAUUGUUCAUUUUCUCCCUGAAGAAGCUGUUUGGCUCAAAGCUCUGCCCCCAGAAGGAAUCCGUCCUGACCCUGCGGAGCCUGUGGGCAUCUGGUUACCAGGUCGUCCUGUCCUACGACUCCCAGAGUGCAGCGAGACAUCAGGAGCUGUGGCCUGCCAUCCCUUACUGGUGGGCCAACCAGCACACAGCACAAGGAGUGAUCAGUUACCUGGACUGGAACAAAGACCUGGGACGUCCAGAGGGCUUCUUCGUCUCUGGCCUGAACCUGACAGCUGAUAGAUAUUACAUCACCAAGAACCCGAAGCAAUCCCUGCGGACGCUGACCUUCAGUAACUGGGAGUGUUUGAGGAAAUGGCUGGAGGAGCAAGCGCCUGGGUCGGACCCCAAGAGCGUCAACAUCAUCGCAGGAGACUUUGUGGGUCCACUUCCGCUCUGCGCUCUGGUCAUUGAACUGAACAAAAAACUUCUGCGGAAGAAUGCGAGAUAGAACAAACAAAAGCAGGAACUUUUCCUAAAAGAGCUAUUGUAUACCUCAUUUCCUCUUCUCGAUACUUCUAUUUCUAUGCACUUUUGUCGUCGUUAUACAGAAGAGGAGUAGGGCCACAUGUGAAAAAUGUAUUUGAGUUUAAUCUCAGAACUCAAUACGUGUUUUCACAUGUGGCCCUAAUCCUCUUCCGUAUCAUUAAGACCUUGAACUGAAAUAAAUGUUUAGAACCAAAUCUGUAUUUUACAAUCUGAGUUUCUGUAAGUUACAUUCACCAAAAAAAACAUUCUGUACGUGUCAAAUCUACAGCUCUCAGGUGCAAUAUUGUAGCGGCCAAAUACUCUACGUUGUUUCAUGUGUUCAGACUUUGGCUGUUGUUUCUUGUAUGUACUGUACGUUGGGUGUUGCUGUGGUAUAAAGGUUAUAAAGGUAAGCUCCAAAUUGUUGUUGGCAGGUGUUUGUCCCGAAUGGGCAAAUGUGCUGUGACACUCAACGCUGUGAUGCUGGAGCACAUUUGUUCAAAAUGCUGUCUUAUUGUUUAUGGAUUUAAUGCUGAAAACUGAAAGAAUGGACAUUUUCAUGCUGCACAUUAAACCAAAUAAACGUUUUGUUAUUGUUGCU